AUCGAAACCAAUCGAAACCGUGCAUGCACCAUACCGCAUUCCGCAUAAAGCACUCCAAAGUGUUGUCUAAUAUUUGUAACUUAUCACUUUGUAUCUUAUAUAUUUCUUAAUUCUUAUUAUUUUCAAUCAAGUAUAACUCUUUAACUAUUAUUUUAGAAUAAUCUUAACCGAACGAGAUAAGUGCGAUAAUAAGAAACUUGAAAAUUAAAUAAUAAGCGCUAAACGAAGAUUACGUAUAUAGAAUGCAUAGUACGUUAUCGCCGAUGGAUAACCUUUUUAACAUGCUGUCAAAUUUCAGUGCGGGUCAUGAAAAAGCUUUAAAACAAGGCAUUUAUAAUGCUGUCGCACUGUUUCUUUUGUGCUUGGUUUCAGCAGCCGGGUACGGAUUGUACAUUAUACUGAGUCCAUUUAUAAAACCUUUAAUUUGGGCUCUGCUAUGUGGUUCUGUUUUAUUCCCUUUCAAACAUUCGUUAACAACUAUUGUACAAUCAUGGUUUGAAAAAACCGAAACGUCUCACACACCUCUGUUUAUAAAUUUAAUGCUACUACCUAUCCAAAUAGUAGACAAAAUUUCUGAUGAUUUAGGAUCAUUUUUAUGGAAACACAUUAAAUAUAUUUCCGCUACUUUUUUGUUGGGAUCAUUGAUUCUGUGUGUAUAUCAUUAUACACCUACUAUAUUAAGUUGUCUGAUAUGGAGAAUAUGUAUAGCUUUUAAUAUUAUUUUUGGAUUUUUUAUAACAACAUGCAGUACCUAUACGAUAAUUAUUGUACUCAUGGGAUAUUUAUCUAUAUUAUAUAUUUAUUGGACACCACAGAAUUCCAUCCAUUUUCGUUACACCUCGUUUGUCAUAUGGUUUAUGAUUAGUUUAUAUGUUUCUAAUAUAUUGGGUGCUUAUCAAACUAUUGUAUUUAUAGCACUGCAAGUAUUAUACUUGGUUGGAUUUAUUUAUGAGGUAGCAAUUGUUAUGGAAAACCAAGAAUUGGAUGGUCAUUCCAUGACGUUCAUGGAGGCAAUACGUUUUACAUUAACAAAUAAUGUAAUUACAUUUGUGACAGAAGAUACGCUACCUCCGUUAAGGAGCAAAAGCCCUAUAGAGAAUAUUAAAAAGGAAAUUAGAGAUGCUAACGAAAGUGGUGAAAUUGGAGAAAUUAAAAAAAUCACUUCUGCUUCAGCAUUGACAGAUCCUAGUUUUAUGAAAUUAUCUAAGAAAUCAAUGUCACUGGAUGCAGAUAAUUCACCAUCAAUACAUAAAUUACGAUCUACAUAUAAUGUUCCUUCUGGUUAUAUGUCGUUACGCGACCGCUAUUUCUUGAAAAGAUUAAAAACUGAAUUACGAAUGUCUAUAGAUAUGGAAAACGACGAAGUUGAUACCGACAAGUACAUGUACGGAGCACUAUAUGCUUGCAUUGGUAUGCUUCUUUGGAAACAUAGAUGGAUGAUAUAUAUUUCAAUUAUUCCUAUAGCUUUAUACAUCAUUAAACAACUUGGUAUUUAUUUUGGAUUGUGGAAAAUGAUAAGGAAUCAAUGCAAUAUCAUUAUAGAAAUUCUUAGAAACUGGUUUAUAGAACGUCAUCAAGCCCUUUUGCCAGCUAACAUUAGAGGUUUAUAUAAAGUUGGAAUAAUAAUUGAUGAAAAGUUAACAAAAGCCUUAAAAGCCUCGGUCAAUUCUGUGGCAACAAUUGCUGUGAUUCUUGGAUUAAUUAUAUUUAUAAUUUGUACGUCCAUUUUUAUAACAAUACAGGUUUAUACAGAAGGUAUACAUCUUAUUCAAAUUACUGGAGAAAUACUCAAUUCAUCCUUAAUGAAUAAUCCAGAUAUUGAUUGGUUACCAGAACACUGGGAAGAUUCAGUUAAUAGUGUCUUAGAUAAUGCCUAUACGUAUGGACGAAGUGCUAUUUCCGAUGGAAUAAAAAGUUUAGUAAAAGAUUUAGAUUCUGCAAAAGCUGAUCAAGUGGAGAAGAAGGUGUUAGAGCUUUGGGAUAGACUUUAUCAAGCUUGGAUGAUGUCUAAUGAACAUUCAGAAUUAAUUGGGCCUACCGUGGAUGUCGCAGCGGCCUAUUCAGUAUGGGAAAGUUUUACAGACAGUUUUGGAAAAACACCUCUACAAUUGUUUAACGUGACCAGUAUACAAAACUUUAUAAAAGAAAAUAUUGGAACCUUUAUGUCGGUGUUGGAUUCGAUUUGGAGUAUCGUUAAGGGCAACAUGUCUGUGAUACUAACAAUCUUUACAGAGUUAUUUUAUAUUAUACUUAUGAGUGGAUCGGCGGUACUUAAUUUUGCUCUCAGCAUGGUGGUAUUCUUCACGACGCUGUUUUAUCUUCUUAGUUCUAGCAAUAAAACUUACAGACCCAUCGAAUUUACUACGGUGUUUAGUCCUAUUAGUUGUCAUAGAUUUGCUAUUGCAUUACAAGAAGCAGUAAUUGGAGUAUUUGCUGCAACAUUUAAACUUGCUUCUUUCUUUGGCAUGUGGACGUGGUUUAUACAUAACUUAUUCCAAGUAAAAAUUGUUUACUUACCAUCAACUUUUGCAACUAUACUUGGUGCUGUACCAUUUUUGGAUGCAUAUUUUGCUUGCAUCCCGGCUACUCUGGAACUUUGGUUUACUCAAGGACCUAUGAUUGCAAUUGUAUUUUUUAUGUUCCACUUUCUUGCUUGUAAUAUUGUUGUAACUGAAUUCUACAAAGAAAUUAAAGGUGGUGGACAUCCAUACCUUACUGGUCUUUCAAUCGCAGGUGGAAUAUUUUGUUUGGGAGUAGAAGGAGCAAUAUUUGGUCCUUUAUUACUAUGCUGUAUAAUGGUAGCAAUCAAUUUAAGCCGUCGUUAUCUUCAGUCACCGUCAGAAGUUAUGCCCGCCUAUCCUGAAAUUAAACAUUAACGUUAGAAAAAAGUUGUUCUAUCCAUAAGUAAUUAGUAGCAAAAAGUUAAAAGAUCUGCGCAACGAAAUUCGAAUUCAUACAGUUAUAUUACUAAAUGCUAACAUUUUACUAAUUCUUAGAUGAAACUAAUAAUACAAAGUCUGAUUCUUACAAAUCCUAUUUAAAAAUACCCAUUUCCCUAGGUAUGUAUUUUGAAAAAUGAUAGCUUUAUCUAGUCUUUGAGAGCAUUCAUUAACAAAAAAGUUUAUAUAAUAAUCGCUUUUUUUUUAUUAAUAUUUUACAAAAAUGAGAUUAAGGAAAGUUGAUAGAAUAUAUGAUAAAAAAUUUCAGCUUACGCUUAUUAAUAUAGGAAUACUGUUAUAUCCAUUUACAAGCCUAAUCUUUCACAAUUUUUAA